AUGAAGAUGCAGAAUCAGCCAGAAUGUUUCCGUGGAAACGAAAACUAUGUUGCUGAUCCUGGGUUCAAAUUCGAGGAGCUUUGGGGAGCUCCGGUAGACCGCGCUGUUGGAGAUUCCUAUCCAACGCGCGAAGAUGAGCUGUUUCAUGACAGGAGUCUAUUGACUGACAACUCACCCACUUUCCGUCUCGAUAACUCCUUCGACUGCUGGGAGUUGCCUCUUCCCGUAGCGCUGUGGACCACAUUUCAACAACCCUCAGUGCCAUCCACAUCGCAUAUUCAACGCCAGGGUGAAGACAAUGGUACCACUGGUAGCUGGUCGCCGCCGUGUGAGGAAAAUGAAGGAGAAGGCGACUUGACUUUUGAGGCACCAUCGGCUGCAUUUGAGUACAUGACGUCCGGAAAAUCAUUGCCUCCGCUCCAAGAGCUCAGCUGGUCCCCUACGUCCUCUCAUUCAACUGCAUCACCCCCUCAGACGCCUAUCCAGUCGACCACAAAACAAUACACGGCAUAUCCCCACCCCCCACCACAAAGCACAAAAAUAACUAAAAGGGAUAGACUAGAGAAACGACGCGAGAAAAACCGCACUUCUCAAAGAAAAUAUCGGGAGCGAAAAGAAAAAUACAUCCAUGAUUUGGAACAGCAAUGUAGGGACUUGCAGCGCAAGUACGACUUGUUGGUUGGGCUGCUUCCUGAUGGCAGAAGGGAUACCUUAGAACUAGAGGAAUUGGGUGACAGGGAGGAGUGGAAAUUACCAGAGGCUGAUGAGUCUUAG